GUGAAUUGAGGCUCAAUAGUAGUAUUUCCGCCGGCGGAGUUGAAUCGAGGCACCCGGGAAGAUAGUGUGAGAAUCCUGGAGGAGAAAGCGUGAGCGUGACAAUGGAGACUGACAAAAGAUGGUCCCUCGCCGGGAAAACGGCUCUGGUAACCGGCGGUACUCGUGGAAUCGGGCGAGCAGUAGUGGAGGAACUUGCAAAGUUUGGUGCAAAAGUUUAUACUUGUUCAAGGAGCCAGGAAGAGCUAGAUGCAUGCUUGGAUGAUUGGAAAUCCAGUGGUUUAGUGGUUUCUGGCUCGGUUUGUGAUGCUUCAGUUAGGAAUCAGAGGGAUAAGUUGAUUCAGGAAGUGUCUUCCACCUUCAGUGGCAAGCUCAACAUCCUUAUAAACAAUGUUGGAAUUAAUAUCAGGAAACCAACUGUCGACUACUCAGGCGAGGAAUAUGCAAAUAUCAUGACGACUAACUUAGAAUCUGCUUUCCAUUUAUCCCAAAUUGCUCAUCCUCUUCUUAAAGCUUCUGGAGUCGGAAACAUUGUGUUCAUUUCCUCCGUUGCUGGUCUGGUGCGUUGCAGUGGAUCUAUUUAUGCUGCUACUAAAGGAGCACUUAAUCAGCUUGCAAGAAAUCUAGCUUGUGAGUGGGCAAGCGACAACAUCAGAACCAAUUGCGUAGCGCCGUGGUACAUCAAGACCUCACUUGUGGAAUCGCUACUUGAGAAGCAAGAUUAUUUGGAGGCCGUAGUCUCACGAACCCCACUUGGCCGCGUUGGAGAACCUGAGGAAGUCGCGUCGCUGGUUGCUUUCCUAUGUCUUCCCGCAGCAUCUUACAUUACUGGACAGGUCAUUUCCGUUGAUGGAGGAUUUACCAUCAACGGUUUCAGUUACGUUAAGUAGCCAAAAUCCCUCAUCGCUCCUUUACUUACUAGUAAAGCAAGAAUCCGUUGUAUGAGGUUUUAGCUCCUUGGUUUUUGUUUCUGUGAUGUUUUUAAAGCUGCAGUAAUUUCCUGACAUUUGUAUUUUAAAAAUAAUCAUUGAACAAAUCAAGGUACAAUACAGUUAUGCAACAUAUAUAUAGACUUCCAACA